AUGAAACUUUCACCCUUUUUGACGGUUUUAGCUGGCUCCGGCCAAGCUCAACCGCUGACUUUUUGGAGAGAAAGCGAUCUUUUCGCCUACCAAGUUCGGGAGCAUAUACCAAAGAAUGGCCUCGGAAAUCGUUUCAUCAAAAAGUACGAUGAAGUAAGAGACGUAAUGAGAUGGUUCCGGGAUGAGGGUAUUUGCGAUACGGAUGUUACUAGCCCAAGCUACGAAUCGUCAUACGCGUGCAUCGAAGAUCAAGCAGCGAACGAAGAAGUUCAGCAAGCUCUUUUUGAAAUUCGAAAAAUCGCCAAGAAGAACAUCAACCGCGACAAGGAUGUAUCCUUUCACAUCUCUGACGAUAUGAUGACCUACGAUCAAGCACGAGCAUAUUGCUUCAGUAAAGGCAUGUGGCUUGCGAAUCCCAAAAACGAUGGAGAGCAAAGCGGGAUGAUAAACGCCAUGGAGUUCAGAAAAUGGACCUGGUUCAAUCCUUCGAAAGCGGUUGAUGGCGAGUGUUGGAUGCAACAAAAAUUCAAACCUACUGACACCAACCCCGCUGGACUCUGGGACGGACCAGUUGGUUGUAAAAACAGAGCCCACGCAGUCUGCCAAAACGGCCAGAUUUUUGAAAAGUCUUGCUUGUCGUUUCCGAUCGCGCCGAUGAGAACGACUGAGCAAUCGUUGGCUCAAGAAUAUUGUGAAUUGGCUGGCGGCAAUCUUCCGUUUUUCAACAGUAAAAAGGAACUAGCGGAGUGGCAAAAUCGACCAGAUCCUCAACAGGAAUGGCUCGGAAUCGUUAGAAACGCGGAUUUCGAAAGCGGAUGGGCAACUGUGACUGGGGAGGAAGCUACGGUAUUUGCUUGGUACGACGGAGAACCAAACAACUAUCUCGACCAUGAAUACUGUGCCGCAACAGAUAUGGCUUUAAAGAAUGAUCCUCUCGCGUGGAACGACGUCCCUUGCGAUUGGUUCGAGCAGAUGUUUCGCUGCAGAAUAGACUCAACUAUCUACGUUUGGGAAGAUUGCCCUGUUCCAGUGAUGCCUGAUCCGCCAGCUUGCGAAGAUCCAUGCGAAGGUAAAGAAAAUUGCACUACGUUCGUCGAUAGCUGUGAGAUCUACCCUGAAGAGGCAACAGUUGUCGGUACCAUUUCUCCAACAUCAAAGCAUUAUAAAAUCUCUUUUGAUUUUAAAUGCACUGACGAAAUUGACUCGUUCCUGACUGUUCCCUCUGCGAACGUUCUUCGACUUGACAGCUAUCCUGAUCCACCUCCAUCAAGCAUCACUUGGGAAAAUCGAGGCGUUACUGUCUUGGAAGUCGGAACUCUCCGCGAAAACCCUCUUGAAUAUUGGGUUUAUGGGAACGCAUUUACGAGAGAGCAAAUUCUGAAUAAGGAUCUUUACACAAAACAGUCCUGUACAACCGAAUGGGACUCCUUUACUCUUGAGCGAAGCGAUGUCGACGGAACGAACUCAAGAUCAACUUUGAUCAGACAUUCUGAUGGUGCGACCCUCAUUGACUACGUCCAACCAACGGACGAUAUUCCUGAUAUGCCCCCAGUGCUCUACGCUCGGGUUAGCUCGAACAUUUACGAACCAUCACGACUUUAUCCAGUAAGAAACUACUACUAUGAAGAAAUCCCAAUGCCAGAACCAGUAAAGCAUUUUUUGAUUAUGGGAAUUGGAAACAGAUGGGGUGGUGCCACAACCAGCUCAUUAACGAUCGCUACAGAUGGAUCAACAGGGACAGGAGCAACGAUCGACGCACCAGUAUGGAAUUACCUUGCUGAUGUCACUCAUGCUGUUGUCAAAGGCGAGCUGUAUAUUUUUGGUGGAUGGACAGCGGAAACAAAGGUAAAUAUUCAUGAAUCAUGA